AUUUUUGGCAGUAAAGUGGUUGUUUUUCAAUGGUGGUCGCUUGAUUUACGGAACUGUAAAUCCCGAUGUUGUAGGAACAUGAAUUCUGAAAUUGAGCCCCACAUUAGUAAAAAAUAUGAAAUCAAAAAGAGAUUGGGAAAAGGGGCCUAUGGGAUUGUUUGGAAGGCUGUGGACCGGCGGACGGGGGAAGUAGUUGCUGUGAAGAAAAUAUUUGAUGCCUUUCGAAACCAGACAGAUGCUCAGCGGACAUUCCGCGAGAUUAUGUUCCUGCAGGAAUUCGGAGACCACCCUAAUAUCAUCAAACUGCAUAAUGUUAUCAAAGCCGAGAAUGACAAAGAUAUCUAUCUAGUGUUUGAAUUUAUGGAAACUGACCUCCAUAAUGUCAUCAAGCGAGGCAGUAUUCUCCGGGAUGUACACAAACGUUACAUUAUGUAUCAGCUGCUAAAGGCUACUAAAUACCUUCACUCUGGUAACGUCAUUCACCGAGAUAACAAGCCAUCAAAUGUAUUACUAGACAGUGAUUGUGUGGUGAAGGUUUGUGAUUUUGGACUGGCCCGUUCCCUAACUCAAAUAGGGAUAGAUGCAGAGACCGGAGAUCCAAAUCUCACCGAGUAUGUGGCCACACGCUGGUACAGGGCACCAGAGAUCCUGCUAGCAUCACACAGGUAUACCAAAGGUGUGGACAUGUGGAGUCUGGGCUGUAUACUAGGGGAACUGUUAGGAGGCAAGCCUCUGUUUCCAGGCUCCUCGACCCUUAAUCAGAUAGAGAAAAUUAUGUCAGGCAUCCCGGCACCAACUCGAGAAGACAUAGAGAGUAUACGUUCAGCCUACGGUUCUUCGGUGUUAGGGAAAGCUUCUGUAAAGCCUAAGAGGACUUUUGAAGAUAUGCUGCCAGAUACUCCCAAGGAAGCUAUAGACUUAUUACGACGACUUCUACACUUCAACCCUGACAAACGUAUAACUGCUGAUGAAGGGCUACGCCAUCCUUAUGUAUCUAGGUUUCAUAAUCCUUCUGAAGAAAAAAGUAUAGACUAUGAUGUGGUCCCUCCACUUAGUGACGAUGUACAGCUAACAGUCGAUGAAUAUAGAAAUAAAUUAUACGAGAUGAUUAUGCAAAAGAAACAGGAGCGUCGCAGACGGCGCCAGGAGAUGAGGAGUGCUCCUCAUCCGACUCGUGUACGCACAGAAAGUCCUCAUCCUCCCAGCGAACCAUACCACAAAGACAACUCUCCCAAAGGGGCAUCCCCAAAAGUCUACAACAACAAACAUGCAGGGGACGGCCCUCCUCAAUCAGCCCCUCAACACCAUUCAUCAUUUUCAGCAUUCGGAAGAACAACACAUGGCGAUCAAGCCCCUCCACAAUCAAAGUCGAGAAAUGCGCGACGACCAAACAAUGAGAACAUGGAGAGAGCAGCAACCAAUGCCGGUAUGACUCAGGAUCCCUACCCAGCUUUAUCGAAGAACCGACAAGCCUCAGCACCUGCCGCAUCCCGGAUGGGCAGUCGACCAAUAUCUGGUGCAUACGGUGCAAAGAACCCAACCAUAACACGGGACGAUAAAUCGUCAGGCCUAAGUGUUACCAGCUCACGAAUGGUACCUGGUCAGCGGCCAUCAUCAGCCACCAGCCAACAGCAGAGAAAACCAUUGUAUGGCAAAAAACAGUACAGCAAUGCUAUAAACAAUCCGUCAGCAGGUUCUCACAAAGCCUACUUCGGCAGUUACAAUCAGAACGUCGGCACCAUCUCCUCCUCGGCACUAGCCUCAAUCCAGGGCAAGAGGUCAUGAAAGGUCACUGAUGACAUUAUCAGGCUACAAAACGUUAUGUCUGCACAUGACAUACCUUAAAUCUGACACUAGCUUUCUUCCUUGAACUUUAAGAUAGAGAUAUGUAUUCCAUUAUCUAUGAACCAGAAUAAGGUGUUUUAAGGAAUGAAACAACAUUUUUAAGCUAUAGAUGUGUCAGAUUCGUAGUUGGCUUGUUUGUUGAAAACAGGCCGAUGUUGCCAUCAGAACCAGGAGAGAAAAAGAUUAAUGAUGUUUUGGAGGUAAAUCUGUAAGAUGUUUACAACUGGCCAAAAAACCUUUGAAAAGUGGUAAAAUGCAUGUAAAUUUGAUUUUCAAAUGGAAAUAGUUAUUUUUAGCCACCAGAGGUUUAUAUUAAUUAUUAAUAUACAGAUUAUGCAUGGGUGCAAGCGGAUGAGUUCUGUAUUUUAAAAGAAAAUAAAUAAAAAAUUCGGAGAUUUAGAUUUUUGCAACAAAGAAAGCAAUAGUAUAUAGUACAGAUGGUGUAAUAGUCCCUGAAACAAAAUAUGGAAUUGGAUUAUUUUUUUCUUUAUUUUUUUUUUAUUGCCAAAGACGGCGCUUCCAUUUCAGCAACACAGGGGAGGUAAAAGACUAUUGUACACAAGGUAUUUAUUUGCCAUGGCUCAACUUUUCAUUGUAAAAUUUCAUCAUAUGUUGGUUUAAAAUCAUGUUGUCAAGAUUCUGUUUCCAUUUAUAUGUCAAUUUUAAUGGUUGAAAGGACAAAUAGCAUUGCCUGUCUGUCUGCUUCAAUUAAAUUUCUAAUAAACAUAUUUUAUCCAUUUUACUGGCUGACAGGACAAAUGUCAUUGCCCAAUUCUUUCUGCUUCAAAUCUCUGAUUUUUGGUUUCAAAAUAAAUGAAGGCACUGUAUGAAAUUAAAUGUAAAAGUGGUACAUAAUUUAACAUCAGAGAUAAUAUACCCCCGAGGCCUUAUUGCAAGUUAAAUAUUGUACAAUGUUUGUAUUUAUCCUCUCUAGACAAUGCAGUGUCUUAUACCACUCCAAAAUUCUACAAUUAAGGUUGGAUCACAACCAAUCAAAAAAGAAUCAAAAAUGUUUAUUCUUUGCAAAAUUGUAGUACCCUAGAUAUAUAAUUAGAUUUCUUUCAAACUGAGUUUGUAAUGGGUAACCGUUUUAUACCUAAAAGUUGAAGGUCAAGUACACAAUCUGGGAUAAAAUCGUAUUUUGAUGUUCUGCGGGCCAUGUCAUGUGUAGACGGAAAAAAAAUGUCAGAUCUGGGAACAAAGCUGUGUCUUGUGUUCUGUUUCACUCUGGUCUGAGGUGUGUUGGAAAUAAUUCUAUAGUAUUGUGGCUGUGGAUUGGUAAAACUAUAUAUAGUGUAUCAUUGAUUUGCAAAAUCUACCUGAUUCGCUUGCAAGGAGAGGAUGUGUGUGUAAUGAGUAGAGGGAAUGUUCGUGAGGACAUGGAAGAGAGAUUCAGGUUGAGAGGAUUGUCCUAAAGUGAGGACAAAAUAUCUUGAUUGGUUGUAAAAUGAUUGCAUGCAAAACUUUAAAAGUGCUGGGGUAAUUUUUCUAUUUUCAAAAGCUGAACCAUUUUCUUCUAUUCUCUGACUUUACUCAGUGUUUUGAAAAAUUGAGAGGUAGAUUAGAGAAAAAUGAUUUUAAAACGAGAAACAUUUAAUUGAAUUAUUUAUAUAGAAAAAUUAAAUUAAUAAUAAAAAAAACAACACUGUUUGUAAAAUAGAAAUGUCAAUUAUGUUGAAAGUAAGUGAUAUUUUGAAAGGAUUGCGUAUUGCACAGAAUAGUUUAAACUAGGUUUUUGCUGAAAAUGUGUUCAUUGAAAUACCCACAGUUGAGUAAAAGAUUGAAAAUGAGGAUUUUUCAGGUCCUGGUAGGACUGCUGGUGUGUUCCUCAAAAGUAUAUAUGCUCUUAACACACUCCGCACAGAAUCAAACAAAAAUGCACAUGUUGGAAAGUCACAUUUUUUUGUUGUGAAAAUAUGAUUUCAUUUAAAAAGAAAUAUUGUUGAAUUUAAAUAUUUUAUGAUGUCUACCCAUAGUGUGAUAAGUGUCGUAUAGAAUAUCACCGUUUUUGCCGUCCAAUAUAUAUCACAGUUGUAUUUCAUUAACAAUAUAACCAUCCUAACAUAGUAGCAUACUGUUUGCAGAAUAUUCAUAUAUUUUGGUGUUGAAUGAUGCGUUUCAUUAAUUUACAUUUUGCAUUCCAUGUUAAUUGAAUAAUUCCAGCAACUGUUGGUUGCAUCUCUUAGAUGUUUACAUGUUUUUAUAUCUUAUAUUUUAUUUUAUUUUUCUUUAAUUUCGAAUAAAUAUAAGUAACCAUUUGAUAAAUAAAUGCUUUGUAUUCGGUUGUUCUUUAUUUUGUGUUAAAUUUUUUUUUUUUUUAUCACCCUUUUCAUGUACGAGUUCAAAUCAAUUUAAAGAUCUGCUUUUUUAAUUUGAUAUAAGUAAUUGCCAGCUUCAAGAUACCUCUGUCAAAUUAUUUGUCCUUUUCUCAUUCACUCUUUCUUUAUACUUAACUUUAUCCAAAUAUGAUGUCAACUGCCGUCCAUUGAUGUAUACAUGUUUAUAUAUAAAUGAGAAAUGUGUCUUUUAAGUGAUAAGCUUGUGUGAUUUUACUUUCUUUUUUUUUUUUCUUUUUUUUAGAAAAAAUGAUUUUACUUGUUUUAUUUAUUCAGUUUUAAAAGUGAAACAAAAUUUGUUUUCCAAAUCGAGAAAUUAUUUAUAAGAUGCUUUAAUUUCAUAUUAUAGACCAGACUACCUAACAAAUUUAUUGCUUUGAAGUGUUUGAAGCAAAUAUCCUUCCUUCCUUGUUGUGUUGCAGCUUUGCCAGAAAAAAUAUCUUCUGAAUAUGUGAUAUUUGUUGGAAAGACUGUGUUUAGAUGAAAUAUUGCUAACUGUUCACUGUUAACAUUGUUAUUUGAUGAAUGGUAAGCCGGUUUGUGAUAGCGUCGGAAAUCCAUCAUCCUCUAUGUGAUUAUGAAGAUAUUUUUUUUGUCUGGCUGCAUAUGAUUUUGAAAAGAAGAUUCACUUUCAAAUAAUUAAUCAUUUUGUAGUUUCCUACAUGAUUGGUUAUAAUGAAAAUGAUUUGAUAAUUUGAAAUGAGUUCUUAAAAAGAUUUCGACAUUUCAGCAAGAUAUGCCAAAUGUAAUGUUAUACAACAUUCCGUCCCAGUAUUGCUGUUUCUACAGACUCACCAUUGAUGAGUCGUUAAUAGGAGCAGGGUUCAUUGUGAUCAUUAUAAAGUAAUUUAUGGAAGAUUAUUUAUUAAAAGUCUUGAUUGAUAUAUAAUUUAUUUGUAAUUUUUAAAUUGAAUUUGUAUAUUCAAAGUGUGUUGUAAAUAUCUGUUAUGUAAAUGAAUCGCUAUGACUUGGUGUAACUACAAAAGGUGUUGAGUGGAGAUUCAAUCAUUCUCCAUGAUAAACAGAUUUAUCUCUCCAUUAAAUGAUGUAAUAUAUAUAUAGCCUACUAACUUGGUGUAAAUCAUCCACAUCAUAUCAUCAAUUGAAUAUUUAUUGAUACUGAAGUUCAUUCAAUUGGAGGAAGGAGUAGCAGGGAUUUGGAUUUUUUUUUUAAACGUCAAGAUCACUUGUAGGAAAUUUUCACUAUGCAGUACAUUACGUACAAUUUUCUUAUAAUAACUGUAUGUUAUUUUCACAUUUCCUGUAGAAUCAGAUUGUGAAAUCACUUUUCAAAUAUAUAUCAUCUAUAUGUCCAUUCAACUCAUCUGUCAUUUCGCGGAGCAUUUUUAUCUUUCGGUCAGUAAGAACUGAGCGAGAUGACCUUGUGUAUAUCGCACUUCAUUUCAAUGGUGAGUACAUUCACCAUGUACAGUAGUGACCUAUUUUUAUCACAAGGAGUAAUAAUGUAAAAGUUGUAUGUGAAUACUCGUAGGAAAGCUAACAAUGACAUGGAGGUUGUAUGUAGUCAAUAAUAUAGUCUGGCUCGUUACUGACGGUCUGACAGGUCUGUAUGUGGUUUACUAACGAUCUCACUGGUAUGUAUGUAGUGUACUGACGGCCAGGCACGUCUAUACGUAGGUCAAAAAUAUGACCUGGCUUGCCUGUAUGUAAGUCACGGUCUCUAUGUAGGUCACAGAUACGGCCGGGCUUGUCUCUAUGUAGGUCACGGAUACGGCCGGGCUUGUCUGUAUGUAAGUCACGGUCUCUAUGUAGGUCACAGAUACGGUCAGGCUUGUCUAUAUGUAGGUCACGGACACGGCCUGGCUUAUCUGUAUGUAGGUCACAGAUACAGCCUGGCUUAUCUGUAUAUAAGUCACGGAUACGGUCGGGCUUGUCUGUAUGUAAGUCACAGAUACGGCAAGGCUUAUCUGUAUGUAGGUCACGGAUAUGGCUUGGCUUAUCUGUAUGAAGGUCACGGGAUAUGGUCGGGCUUGUCUGUAUGUAGGUCACGGAUACGGUCGGGCUUGUCUGUAUGUAGGUCACAGAUACGUCCAGGCUUAUCUGUAUGUAGGUCACGGACACGGCUUGGCUUAUCUGUAUGUAAGUCACGGACACUGCUUGGCUUAUCUGAAUGUAAGUCAUGGACACGGCCUGGCUUGUCUGUAUGUAGGUCACGGACACGGCCUGGCUUAUCUGUAUGUAGGUCACGGAUACGGCAAGGCUUAUCUGUAUGUAGGUCACAGAUACAGCCUGGUUUAUCUGUAUGUAGGUCACGGCCAGGCUUGUAUAUGUAGUUGAUUAGUCAACUAUGUCAGUUCUUAUUUGUUCUGGUGAAGCUUGAUGCUAGAUGCCAGAAAUAUUUACAAAUUUUCUUGUACAAUGUCUUUGUAAAAUGACGAAUAAAGAUGAAUGACAAGACAU